CCUGGUGUGACCAAAAUCAGCAGAUGUUGUGGUUACCCAAUUCAGCAGUUUUUCCAGAACUAGCAGGUAUUUUUAUAUUUCACCAAAGUUAGUAAAUAUUGUGGCUCAGUGGUUUUUCCAUCAGGACGGGCACAGCUGCUGCAGUGCCUGGCUGCACCGGGGGACGGUGUGUUGGACCAGCAGCGGGCUCGGGAAAAGAGAAAAGGGCCCCCCCCUUGCAGGGAUGCUGUGUGCUCUGGGGGUGUAGGGUCCCCCCUUGCACAGAUUCUGCAUGCCCUGGGGGUGCAGGGUCCCCCCACUUCCUUGCACAGUGGAGUUGCAGAGGUGGGGACAGGGCAGGAACAGCGGCUGCACCCAGAGGCUGAUGUGGUGCAGAAUUUGCAGGUCUUGCAUCAAAUUCUGCUUUGAAACAGGUUUGCUGAGGGUUCUUAGAGGAAUUUGGCUGUCCCUGAUUAUCAGUGGCUGGUUGGAGAAGAGGUGCUGCCUGGGAGUGGUACAGCCCUCAGGAAAUGAGGAGGAUGUCUGUCGACCCAGAUUGUGCUUCCUCUGUUAGUGAGUGUUUGUUCUCAGUAGCUGAAACCAGUGUAAGGAGACACUCUGUAAACAGGAGUAAAAGCUCUCGGUGGGAAUCGCAGCUUGGCUUUCAAGGAAGGGAAAUUUAGUGCUCAGGAGGGCUCUAAGGGAGCUUCCUGGGGGUGGAAUUAGCCCGUGGCUGCCCUCAGCAAUCGCUUGUUAUUGGUUUGCAUUCAGCAAAUGCUGGGGUGGGGGUGGGUGUGUAGAGGAGAUCCAGCAGCCCCAGAGGUGCGGGGCUGAAGGGAUCUGGGCUGGGAUGCAGGAGUCUCCAUAGGAUGUUCCUCGGUGCUUCAUCUCUCCGGGCAGGUGAGCUGCUUUCCAGGGCCACUCAAGACUCGUCUGCCAGCUGGGUGCUGACAUCCUGAAGACCUUCUCCUGGCUGGGACUGGGGGCAGGACAAGUUUUUGGCAAGAUGUUCUCGCCGAAGGUCCGCAGGAGGGGCUUCCCCAGGGAGCCCAAUUCGUGGCAGGCUGGACCACUGCUGCCCCAUCUUCAUGGUCCUCAGGAUGACUGGGAUGAGCCAUGCUGGGAGAACCAGCACAGGAGAGGCAGGGACCAGUGGCACCCGAUCGGUUCCUGGGAUCGCAGACCCUUCCCAGGCCCUGACAACUUCCAGGGGAAUGAGAACAGGAGAUGGGCGCCCUACGACUGUCCCCCACUGCCCCCCUGGGACAGUGAAAAAGAUGACAGAGGACCUGAGAACUUCAGAGAGGACUGGCAGUCGCCCGGUCCCUGGGACCCCAGGCCCUUCCCUGGCCCUGGCAACUUCCAGGGGAAUGAGCAGGACAGGAGAUGGGGACGGGAUGAGGACAGGAGAUGGGGACCGGACGAGGAGAGGAGAUGGGGACCUGAUGAGGAGAGGAGAUGGGGACCUGAUGAGGAGAGGAGAUGGGGACCGGACGAGGAGAGAUGGGGACCGGACGAGGACAGGAGAUGGGGACCUGAUGAGGAAAGAUGGAGACCUGAUGACCCGAGAUGGGGACCCAAUGAGGAAAGGAGAUGGGGACCCAACAACUGUCCCCUGCCAUCCUUUUGGGAUGACAGAGAAGACUACCAAGGAAAUGAGGACUUCUUCGAAGAUGGCUGGCACCCGGAGCUGUUGCCUGGCCCCAACCACGUUCCCUGGUCUGAAUUCCCCAAUGAGGAGCGGCACCCAUCCUCGGCCCCCGCUGACCUGCUGAGGGAACAAGGCAGCUUCCAGAGUAGAUACAUGUCCUGGCGCUAUAAAGAGGGUGAUAAACGCUGGCGACACCUUCGCCACGGCUACCAAGAGUUAACCUUUGUCCAGCACGUCAGGUGUCCCUGGCCCUCCAGAGGGCAUCGGCCAUCCUCCAUUUCGUUUCCUUCCUGCUCUGGGAUGAACCAGCUGAGGCUCAAAGAAAGGCCAAAGCACCCUGAUCCUGCCCAGCCACUUAAUUCCUCCCAAGGUGAUGCGCAGAGCAGGAACCAGAAGACUACUACGGACGUGCUGGAGGUGAGCGCGAAGGUCCCGGAGCCCCCCAAACCAGCCAGCACCCCUCAGAAGAGCGUGGCUGCUGAUUCCCAGGCUGCAACAGAGGCUGCAGAGCCAGAGCAGGCAGCAGGAACAACGCCUGUAGAAGAGCAAGCAGGGAUGCUUGCACCCCUGGAGGUGCCUGGCCCGAGGGUCUCUUCAGCUGGUGUAAAGUGUUCCUUCUCUCUCUCAACCAGCCCUUUUGCUCUUCACUUUGCUGUCUCUUUGCCAGGCACGGAAAUCUUCCUGACUUUUUUCCAGGACUGCAAAACCCUGUGGUUUUCUUUGGGUUUUAGCACCCCGUCUGUCCCAUCCCCCAGCUCUUCUCCCCGGGACAGACACGUGUCCUGGUCUCACACCAUUGCAUGUCCCCAGGUCAAUGUGGGGGCGGGCAGCCACGACCAGAGCCCCUCUGCUUUGGAAACAGAGUCAGCCACACUGGAGAAGAGUUCUACCGGGACAGAGGAGCACCUUGAGGUAGAGCCGUGCAGCCAGAGUGUCCCUAGGGCUGACGCAGACGGUGGGUCACAUCCCCACGGUCCAGCAGCCCCCCCGGAGCCUGCCGAGAGCGUCUGCGCGGCGGCCGGCUCCGCUGGAGAGGUGGGUGCCGAGCUCUGCCCGCAUUCCGGGGGACAGCAGUGUCUGCCGAGUGGAGCUGGAGAAGCUGAGACAGAAGCUGCCCGUGAUGGGCUCCUCGGUGACCUUCAGCCGUCUGAAAACUCGCAGGUCCCACCAGGACCUACCGUGGAGCCUGAAGCACAGCCUGGCAAGGCUUGCUCUGAUAUCUGCGCUGCCCCAGAGACCUCACCAGGGACCCAGCACCCUCCUGGGUCCGGUGAGACGGAGCCGGCUGCAGGCAGCUGGCAACAGCUCUGCUCCACGCUCCCGACACCCUCCCCGGCCAGCACCGACCUCCGCUCCGCCGCCGUCCUCGCCAGGAAGGAGGAGAUUGAGCUGUCCUACCAGCAGUUCAGCCUGACCGUCGCUGUGGUGGCCACGAUGCUGCUGCAGAAGGAGCCCUCCAUGGAAGCGGCGCUGGGGCUGGCGCUGAGGGCCAACCUCCGCCAGCGCCGGAUCCAUCACCUCCAGGAGCUCGAGGACUUCAUCGACAGCUACGACUCGGCCACCCUGAGCCGCUGAGGUGGGGCUGGGGUGAGCAGACAGGCACCCCCUCUUGCCAGCUGGAGUUGGGGGGUUAGGGGGGAGCUGUGCCAGUGCAUCAGGGUGCUCGUGAUGGUGCUGAGCCCUCGGGUCAAGGUGGUGGAGACAUGUUGGUGCAGCCCCAGCAUCUCUGUGGGAGCGAGGGGUGCUUAGUUUUAACCCUGCACAGACCUGUACGUGCAGCAAAAGGGGGAGUUGGUUUUACUGGAGGGAGGUGGGAAGGAGAGCGGCUGCGGGGAGCUCCCCUCUGCCCCGGCUCUUUGCUCCGUUCUUGGUUCUUGGGGAUGUGCCCCGAAACUUCAGGGGUUGUUCUUGGUUUUAAAUCUAAAAAUAAAACAGCUGUUAUGUUUGCA